AUGAAUAACAACAACGAACUUGUAACAUUAUUCGAACAUUUACCAGUUCAUAUUUUUUUCGAAAUUUUUGAUUUAUUAUCACUUAAAGAAAUUAAAACGUCUUUCUUUGAUCUCAAUACUCAUAUAAAUUCGAUUAUUCGAUCUAUAAAAUGUGCCAUACAUACAAUAGACAAUGAUGAUAAUGAAGCUGUUGAUAUUUUACAUUUUUUUCCAACUCAAAUCACUCGAUUGAUCGUUACACAUGCUAAAUCUCUUGAUUUUACGUCAUUAAUUAAUUUACGAUCACUUACAAUUGAACGAGGUACAUUCAAACAAUUAGAUGACAUUCGCCCAAAAUAUUUUCCUCGAUUGGAAAUUCUGCAUAUCGAUGAUAAUAAGUCACGAAAUAAUCUUAUAGACAUAUAA